AUGAAAUGUCCAUCUAGUACCAGAGUGAAUAAGAUGGAGAAAAGCUCAAUUGCGCCAGCUGCAGUAGCCACUGCAGAGGUUAAGCUGUUUCACCCCAAAACCACUCCAUUAAAAGAGCAUCCUCCUUUCAAAUCCUCAUUAUCACCCGUGUUGUCCCACAACAAUAUCAUCACGGCUGUUCACAACAAAGAAAAUAACAGUAAUAGGGAGCACAACAGAACCUUGGAUGAGGCGUCCCUGAGUGAUGAUGGAUUCGAAGACAGUGGCUACCUGUCACUCCACAACAGUAGGAUUGAUGAACGCCAGAACCCGGAAAAUCCCUCCCCAGCCACUUGUCGAGAAAAGAUGACAGCCAUAUCACGUUCUGCUUCUGCCUGUCAGAGGAAGGCAGCUUCUGCUAGUCCGGUGUCUUGGGUGACCUCCUCAACCCCUGCUGUGUGUUUAGGGAAGAGCGCCCUGCGGUUCCAGGGCUCCAGCUCCACUGCACACAACAGUGAUCCCAACCUGCCCAUUCUGAAGUUCCAAAAAGCCGUAUGUGAGGAGCUGACCAAGAGCUUCCAGAAGAAUAAGAGGUAUGACUGGAGCGUGGUUUCCAAGCUGGCAGAGGACCAUCUGCUAGAUAGGGUUAUUGGAGGUCACAUGGGACGGGACUACGUGGACAUAUUGUCCUCUCUGCUGUCCAGGAACAUGCGAGGGAUCCUGACUUGCAUCCUGGCUCGGCUGGGAGACAUGGACCUCAUCAGCUGUAGGGGAGUGAGCAGGACAUGGAGGAAGAUAAUCUGCGAAGACACAUCUGCCCUAAACAGAUGUCAGAGGGCUCAACAGGCACUCAAGGAAUCAAGGAGCUGUCUGGGCCAGAAAUGUUGCGGUCUGACCAGAGAUGCAGCGCUGCCCAGGGUGGUCAUGUCCUGCAUACAGACUCUCGCCUCUUCCAAACCUUCCUCCUCCACCCCUUGCUCCAGGGCCCAGAGACAAGGCCCUCCCUCCCAGAAAGACAACACCCACACCCCUCUCACACGAGGCUCCCACCGCACACGUUUUAAUGAAUACUUAGAGGUCGCUGGUAGUCUGAAACAACACGAAUCACUACGUCCUUGUAGGCUUUGUGGCUCACCUGCCAAGUAUUUUUCCGAGACCCAGAGGGCAACGUGCACACGUCCCAGUUGCCAGUUUGACUUCUGCACCCACUGCCAGGAAGCUUACCACAACGCUAUCCCUUGCCGAGCUAUGCUUCCCCGAACUCGGCACCAUCCCUCCAAGACAACUCCCAUCAUCCCAGGGACUGCUCGCAGCAAAAGGAACCUCAGGCGCCUCUGA